AUGAAUCAAAAAAUUAUGUUGUUCCUUUUUAUAAAGAUUUCUACAUUUAUACUUUUAACAUGGAUAUACGAUUUUUACAGUGAGCAGAGUACGUUUAACAAAUAUAUCGAUAAAAACUAUAACUUUAGUAAAAAAUUAGAUACAAGAAAUUAUAGAUUACUAUCAAAAUAUAAAGAGGAUAAGGAUUCAAAUAAUCUAUGGUUAAAAGGAAAGCUUCCCAAUAAUGAAGUCAUUAGACAAAAAAUCACAUCUAAUAAUGAGGUAGGAACUAAUAGACAAAAUAAUCAAUCACUUAAAUGUUUAUUAAAUAAAGCACAAUAUUACACAGAAGUUAUAGAUUAUAACAAUGGAAUGUUUGAUGGAAAACAUUUCCAUUUUCAAAAGAAAUGGGUAAAAAAAAAAGAUUUUGAUACUUUUUUUGAAAAAAAGAAGAGAAUUGGUGAUAUAUCUUUAAAAAAAAUAAAAUUUAGAAGUUAUAAAUUUGGAAUUUCCAUAAUUAUUGUUUUUUUUCUAUUGGGAAUAGGAUUACCGGUAUCCAAGGCAUUUAGGCUUUCCAAUAGUGGUGGCAUAGAUAAUUAUAUUUUAUCUUUUCUUCAAAGUACGUUAGGUUUAGGUAGUAAUGAAAAUGCUUAUAUAUUAUUAUUUGCUGUAACGUUCAUUAUGUUAGCAGUCUUGAUUAUAAUAGCUAUUUAUAAGAUCUUAAGAAAUAAUGAAAAAUAUCAAAAAAUUACGUUGUUGAUGGAGUAA